CGCCUUCGACUCACACAACGCAAACGGCUUCAAGUCACCGUUCUUAUCUUCAACCAGUUCUACUAGCCAUCGGUAAAAUGCGGAGAACUCGCAGAACAACUGCAGCACACGGAACAACUUCAACAUCGGGAUCGACGUCGCGUCGCGCGCGAUCUCCAGCAACAACUCCGGAACCCAAGCGACGAAAAAAUGACCAAGAACUUGUACAAGACUUGCCGGACUCGAGAAGCCACGCUAAGGCCAAAAUGGGUGAGGGUUUGGAGGGAAGGACAAAGCUGACAAGUGACGAAAAGUUUAAGGCUUUGAACAAAGCUUUAAGGGUCGACAAGAAGAAGCCACCAGCAUCCCAGUUGAAGCUAGAGGAAGUGGAUUUCCACGUAAAGGACAACAGACUUGCCCACAAAACGGAUGACUACGAGGCAGAACAGUUGAUCAUCAGAAGGGGACAGAUAUUUGACGUCACUGUUACCUUUAACAGAGAAUACAUACCUGACACUGAUAUUGUUGUACUGCAGUUUGUGAUAGGUAGUCGUCCUCAAGAAAGCAAGGGCUCCAUUGUCCGAGUCGCUAUACAUGAGAUCCUCAAUCCUGUCACGUGGGGAAUGAAAAUAAAGCAGAUCAGUGGAAAAACUCUUCAUCUGACUGUAAUGCCUUCUGCUAAGGCUCUUAUUGGUCAGUAUGAAGUAUUCGUGGAGACAAAAAUGGCCGAUGACAAGAAAUCAGUGUUUAGAUACAAAGAUGACGACAAAGUCUGCGUCUUGUUUAAUGCCUGGUGCAAAGAGGACUCCGUGUACAUGGAGAGUGAAGCUGAUCGUGAGGAAUAUGUGUUAAAUGACUUUGGAUACAUCUGGGUGGGUUCUGCAAAAUGGAACGAGGGACUUCCUUGGACGUUCGGUCAGUUUGAAGACAUCUCACUAGAAUGUGCAUUAUGGUUGCUGAACAAAGCGGGACUUUCCGCAACUGCAAGAUCCAGUCCAAUCCAGAUUUCACGAAUCAUUUCCGCAAUGGCAAACUACAAUGACAGUGACGGUGGAAUUUUAUUCGGACGAUGGACUGAGACUUACCCCAAGAACUGCACUCCACCAACCGCUUGGACCGGAAGUACAGCCAUUCUGGAAAAAUUCAUGAAAAAGAAGUUUUAUGUGCGAUAUGGCCAAUGCUGGGUGUUCUCGGGACUGGUCACUACAUUGCUUCGAGCGUUGGGAUUACCCACCCGUAGUGUCACAAACUUUGAAUCCGCGCAUGACACUGACAGUAGCAUGACUAUCGACUUUCAUCAUGAUGAGGAAGGCAAUCCGUUGGAUGAGCUCAAUGAUUCCAUCUGGAAUUUCCAUGUGUGGAACGAAUCAUGGUUCAAGCGACCUGAUUUACCAGAUGGUCAUGAUGGAUGGCAGGCGCACGAUGCCACACCCCAAGAGACAAGUGAAGGUGUUUUCCGUUGCGGUCCAGCCUCCGUAAACGCAGUUAAGAACGGCGAGGUGUAUCUCCCUUAUGACACAGGCUUUGUUUUUGCCGAGGUGAAUGGCGAUCGCGUGUACUGGGAUGUAGAUGAUGACGACGGCUCGAUGAAGGCUACUUAUGUGGAUACUCACAGCAUUGGCAAGUUUAUCAGCACCAAAGAACCUGGUGAAGGCCGCCACAGGCUGGACGUCACUUCAGGCUACAAACACCCUGAGGGCUCUCAACAAGAAAGAAAAGCUGUCGAGUUUGCCUAUAAAUUUAGUACUAGAAGAGAGUACGAAAUUUACAAUGCUGACAAAGAGGAUGUGGAAUUCAGCCUUGAAGUUCUGGAUAACAUUGCUAUCGGUGACAGCUUCGACGUCAAAGUUGUCGCGCUUAACAAAUCCUACGAGCAGCGAAAUGUUAAAGUGAACAUCACUUCCGUCAUGGCGUUCUACACCGGAAUCCCAGCAAAACCAUUGAAAAAAAAAGUGGAAACAAUUGAAAUUGGCCCAAAAAAAGAGAAAGUAGUGAUCCUGAAGAUUGCAAGUGGAGAUUACAUGGGUAAGAUUGUGGCAGAUGGCAACGUCAAACUGUAUAUCAAGGGUAAAGUGCAAGAAACAGGCCAGUCCUUUGGCAAACAGGAUGUGGUGGAGCUUAGGAAACCCAAACUAACAAUCACGGCAUCUCCUAAUUCUGUGAAGAGGUGGGAUGAGGUGGAAGUGACAGCUUCCUUCAAAAAUCUUUUGCCAGUCACUUUGAAGAAUGGACACUUUCAGUUGGAAGGAGCUGGAUUGUCACCAAGGUCGAGGGUCAUUAACAUAGAUUCUGUGGCACCUAAGAAGGAAGCUAAAGCAAUCGCCACAUUUACCGUCACCCGAAGCCGCAAGCGAACUGUUGUUGUCAGUUUCCAGUCGGACCAGCUGGCUGGAGUACGAGGAGAAUGUGUCAUCAAUGUGACUUAACUUAAAUCACAUGCAAAUCUGUUAGGAUUUUUUAGGCGAUUAGACAAUUGUCAUUUUUUAGACACAAACGUUCUUUUUUCCAUUCAACCAUUGCGAUCAAAUUUGACUCAAUUCUCACAUUUGGUGCGGCGGUUUUUAUUAAAGUAAAUGCUAUGUGACCCAAACGAGUGAUGUUUUUUAAUAAAAAUAUUAAAGA